UUGCCCCCUUGAUCACAUAGUUUACCAAUUAAACAUGUCUACCCAAAUUCAAAAUGGUUCAGCUCACGGCUCUUCAUCAUCGUCACAACCACAACCUCUGAGCCGGUAUGAAUCACAAAAACGGAGAGACUGGAACACCUUUGGACAAUACCUCAAGAAUCAAAGUCCCCCAGUUCCACUCUCUCAAUGUAACUUCAACCAUGUGUUGGAUUUCCUUCGGUACCUUGACCAAUUUGGUAAGACCAAGGUCCACUUGCAUGGUUGCAUCUUCUUUGGCCAACCUACCCCACCUGCACCCUGUGCCUGCCCUCUCAGGCAGGCAUGGGGUAGCCUCGACGCCCUCAUCGGACGGCUGCGAGCUGCCUACGAAGAACAUGGCGGCUCGCCGGAGACUAAUCCCUUUGGAGGCGGAGCCAUUCGGGUGUAUCUGCGUGAGGUGAAGGAGUGUCAGGCAAAGGCUAGAGGGAUCCCAUAUAAGAAGAAAAAGAAGAAGAGGAACCAACUCAAGCCACCGCCGCCGCCAACUUCGUCGUUGGCGGCGGCGGAGCAUGGCUUUUUGAGGACGUGUUUGGGGUGUGCCUUCAUGACAUCACCGGCUUUGAUGGUGCCAGUGAUUUCUUCUACUCGGCCAUUGGAGUGCACUAUGCGGAUUACAUCUAAAGCUCCACAUGGGAGGAUGCAAGAGAUGCAACACCUUAUGCUGUUUUUGAUCAUGGCUUUUUCCCUCCCUCUUUUUGCAUUUGUGUUGGAAAGGUGGAGGAGGGGUAAUGGUAGAGUGAGUAAAUAAUAUACUGUGGUCUGUGGGAGAGGAAAUGGAUUUAGCUUUGAGAUUAUCUUUGCUCUUUUUCUCUGCUUUGGCUAAUCUUUAAUUAGUGGGGAAUCAGCCACAUCAAGGAAUUGUCCA